UACUUCAAUACGAGUAAUAAAUAAUCUAAAUUUUUUACUGUGUGAUACUAGUGAUGUGAAAUAGCAUAGGAUAAUAGAAUAGGUAUUAUUGAACUACGCUUUUUUGUUUUGAUCAUGUUUUCCAUGGUAAAAAACAUGGAACUCUGUGUCCUUUUUCCAUCUUUUCAGCUUUGUUUCUGUCAAUAAAAAUCAGCCUAUUGUUGUAAACACAAUAGGAAAUGCUUUCAUUGUUUCACCAAGCGAGCCCACAUCAUAUUGUUUCAAAAUCAUCGAAUGCAAUGACACUAGUGAGUUCACAAUCAAGACUGUGAAUAUAUGUGAAUUUCAUAAAAUGACUGCUGCUACUCUUUUAAAGGUAAUAUUUAUAGUAGCUUUAGCUACAAAUUCGUUAUGUAACAUUGGUGGACUCACUUACAUGGACCCAAUGAACUACGAGCCGCUUCCAACGCCCCGUGGGGAAGACCCUUGUAACCCACUUUACUGGUAUCCAAAGGAAAUUCCGGAAUAUUGUUACAUUAAAAUGGAAACACCUCAACCUCCAGUCGCUAUACCACAACCCGUACCAGUACCAAUACCAAUACCAGCGCCGGCUGUUGUUGUACCAGCACCUCUUCCUCUGAUGCCUCCGUCAAGGAGGAUGGAACCAGCAGAGCUUCCAGCGCCGGUACCUCUAGGGUCACCACCUCCAGGGCUACCACCUAAAGGGAAACCACCGAUAUCUAUACUACCUCCACCGCCGUUACCCUAUGGAGUGCCGAUCGCUCCAACCAAUCCCAUGUUGCCUGUAGCUGGCAUACCUUAUUCUCAAGUGCCACCACCAUAUCCUUACCCACAAUUCCCACCAGGUCCUUAUCCGGAUCCUUACGCAUUGCAGCGCCCCGGAUUGGGAAUGGUCCCGGGUAUACCCGGAAUUGUCUCCCGCGAUGGAGGUAUCAACGUUCUACCCUUUUCUGAUGCUUACUCGGAUAUUCUUGAAAAGCGAAAGAACAAAUUGCUAAGAAGACGGCUAAAGAAGGUCUUAGAAGACUACGAAGACUACCCGAGGUGGAGACGCAGAAGGCGUAGGAGGCAUAGAAGUAGGAUGUUUGAAUAGCUAACUGGUUAAGUAUUAAAAACCUUGGUUAUUCAAUGCCAAAAUUUAUUUAAAUAUAUUUUUACAGUAAUAAUAACAGUUAGGUACGUACUCUAGUUUUAUAAUACGAAAAUGUUAUUAAAUAUUUGUCUACUCGAAGACAUUACUAAAAUCUAAUUCUUACAAUAAUGGACGGACUUUCUGAGGGUCUCAUUUAUAUACAUAUAAUUCUUAGACUAAAAGUAAUCUAGGUGUAUAAAUUGUAAAACUGUGCCUAUCUCGAAAUACACUUAACUAUAUUAAUACUUAAUUAAGAUUUUAUUAAAACCAUACAAUUGAUUGCAAAGUGUAAACUAAAUUUUAAUUUACUAGCUACAAUUUGUUAAGUACAUGUUUGCCACUAGAGAGUGUUAUUUAUAAAUCCCAACUCUAUUUUAUAAUAAUAUUAUAAAAGUUAUAAUAUCAUAAUAAACUCAUUCUUAAUUAUCCCUAUUAGAUCGCAUUAGAUGAUUUAAAACACCGGAUUCAGUCUCAAUUGCGCGUAUCAAUGAUAUCAUAUCGGUCGUUCAAUGCCAGAGAAAUAAAAUCACAAAUAAAUAUUACCUAAUACCUGAACAAUUAUGAACCAAAUUAAUUUCAUAUUGGAUUUCCGGGAAUCAAAUUAAUAAUCAGGGCCAACCUUUGAGUUGGGAGAGCCAAAGGACAUUAGGUACAGUUUUUCAUUUGGUUAUUACACUGGUUUGAUUGAAAUUGCCAUAUGUACUGAUGACUAGUUGACCAGGAUAUUGCAAUGUACCUACGAUUUAAUGUUUGACACUUAUUGGUGACUAAUCACAUAUAGAUCUAGCGCUUAUCUCAGUGCUUGAGGUAUGGGAGCGGCACGGGAGGUUUAUCUGACAGAUAAUAUGACUUUGUCAGCAAAGUGAAACUGUUGUAACUACUAAUUUAGUUUUUAACCUAUGUCUUCAGUUUUAUGGCUCCAAAACUUAAAUGUUACAAAUACUAGACAAUAAAAGAAUCCAGUCAUAAAUCCUCAAAAAGCUGGAUCUUUAGCAUUUGUCAGAGCACUGUUUAACGAAACAGUUGCCAGAACAUCGGCUACUCGCAAGCACAACAAUAUUUGCUGAGCAAGCGUAGUUCGAGCACCAGACGUUUAGUACACAUUUGAGCCGAAUCCCAAACCGAAUCUGAAGUAUUAUUCUGCUAUACGUGUUCUGUGUUUUCCGCUCUAUACGCCUCUCGUUUUCUCCCUUGCAAAAUAAGCGAGACAAAUAGAAGAGGAUGUGGAUUCAGCUUUUCAGAGUGGACCCCUUGUGGUCAACACAGCUCAUGCGGCUGGACACGUAGGUACUCUCGCACAUUGUGACUCCGAUAUCGCAUCAUGCUUGACAGGGUACACUACACGUAGCGUCGAUUUACUUUAAAUGUAUGCUGGAUUUUCGCUGCUUUUUAGCUGACUUCAAAAAGAAGGUGGUUAUCAAUUCGAUUGUAUGUUUUUUUAUUGAUUCGUGUUUGAAACCAUCCAUUCUCGCGAUCAAUUAAAUAGAUUGCAAAUACGAGUAAUAUAUUAUAAUAACAAAAUUAAAUACUAUAAUAAUAAAAACUAAAACAGCUGGUAUGUGCGUGGCGUGGCGUUUGCAUACAAAGUCAAUUCGCUAUGCAUUUUGUAAGCAGGCAGGCUUUUUUUAUUUCUCACAUUUCAGUAGCCUUGGCAUUAUCAAAUCAAUCAGUGCUUUUCUUUAACAAAAAUUUCAAAAGAUACCUAAGAUAAAGACGUUAGAUAUCUCAUGACGUCUUUGGUCAUGUUAGAACGACACGCAGAGUCCCAUACAAGUAACUAUAGGCGGGUGACAUUUGACGUCAUGCUCAGCUUUUUGUUUCCAGUCCUAUUUAAAUGCUAGCUUUUCAUAAGUUUAUUUAGGUAAAGCCCGGUCUAUGAGCACGUAGAAUUUUGUCCAAUGACCCCAAGCUACAACAUAAUUACGCGCGAGCGAUAAAGAUGGGUAGCUUGGGGUCAUUGGACAAAAUUCUACGUGCUCACAGACCAGACUAUAUGUAUACAUAAAUUAACUUUUAAAAUCGAUGCAUAUUUCCCUAUUGCGUCAUUAUCGUGCCCAGCAAGUAAAGUACACCUUUUCACAUAGCUACGAUGUUGCAUGAAGCAUGUAAGUACAGGGCUUGGUUUCCCGACAAAAACUGGCAAUUUUUCAAACAAAGCCGUAUGCAAACAAGGUGUAUAUAAUUAUCUAGUAAUCUAGUCAACCUAUCUUUUUAUGGUAGGUGAAGCAAUGUUGAUUAUCUCUGUUUGAGUUGAUAUUUAUCAAACUAUAUUUAAAAAACUGCCAGAUACCGUGGACUAUUACGUGUAUGCAUCGUCGUGAAUAAACUAAUUAUGAAUCGAUCACGCCUCCUGCACGUUGUAGCAUUGUAAAUGUUUUGCUAUGUUGUUACACUUCACGUAACGUCAUGCCACGCCACGCCCAAUCCCACUGUCUGUCAGAGGCUUAACGGUUACCUCGAAUUACCUUACCUAAUGGAAUGUUUCGUAUGGACGUAUGAAGUUACACUAAUAAUACUUAAAAAUUACACGUAAAUUACGUAACACAUAAGCCCGUAUUCACAAACAUUACUAUGAGGUCUCACAGUGCGGGUGGACGCACAGGGUGACACACGAACCAAUCACAGAGCUCUAUUCAACGCUGUGGGAUCGGUUUGCUGAUUCACUUAAGCAAGCAUCGUGUGUGAAUACGGACGUUAAUAUCUUUCCUUUUAAAUAUUAAACAUACCUAAUAUGUCUAUUACAAUCAAGUAAUCUCUAAUUUAUUAGCUAAUGUGAUGUGUUUUAUAGUGAAGUUUUUAAAAUCUCCUGAUUAAAGAAUUUAAGAUAAAAUUAUCUAAUUUAUAAAUCCGCACUCAAUCUUUACUUCCUCUGCGAUCGCAAUGUAGUAUCCAUUAGCCUAAAUAGUUAUCAAUAUCAUAGCAACACAACAUCAGUAAAAGAAAAAAAUAAUAAUAGAAAAUGUUUAGGCAUACCUACCUACUGAUCUAUCCCACUUUGAUCACCUGGAUUUGGUUACCUAGGUAAUCUUAGUGUGUCACCUGGAGUCCACUUUGAUCACCUGGGUGAUCAAAUCCAGGUGAUCAAAGAGGAUACCUACCUACUACAUAAUGAAAGCAACAGAGCAUACUAAUCCCUUCAAAUUGCAAUAUUAAAUUAUAGCAAUAAUACAGCAACACUAAGUAAUUACAGGGAAAACAUUUGUAUUUCGGUUUAUUAUUGUAAGUUGCGAUGUUUGUAAGCCGAUUUGAGAGAGUAAUUAGAGCUAUUCCAUCAAAAUCCGGCACAUUGCAAUCGAAAAUUAUUACCUACAUCAUUUACGAUUUGAUCCACUUCAAAAGGAUAUAUUUGAAGAUUCCUGGUAUUGGGAAAGGUAAAAUCGAACGUUGCUAAGGGCCGAUUUUUCAAUCGUCGGAACUUUUAAAUGAAGAAUAAGUUUGGCUCAUUGACAGUUGCAGUAUGGGAGAUAUGUCAAAAUAACAAGUUUAUUCUUCAGAUAAAAUAAUAUGUGAAGAUUGAAAUUCAGCCCUUAGGGCUUUAUAAAAUGAAUGUGCUCUUUAUAAAAUGUUUACCGAAAAAUUGUUGCGCACUUUUUUUUUCUUUGGAAAACGUUUACUUAACGUUAAAAAACUUUUUAGUUAUGUAAGUUCUCAAAUGGAAUUUCUACGUAGGCCGAAAGUUUUGCUAAUAAUGCGUACUUCGUAGAUAGAUUUAAUAACAUUAAAUAUUUUAGAACAUGCCAAUUUUGUUUGACAUUUAUUUAUUUUUGAGAGCUUCUUUUCCUCUAAUGGAUUUUAAUGCCAAAUGCCUGUCAGUAAGAUAAAUACGCUUUCAAUAAGAUUUAGAUGUAGUAAACAUAGUAAGUAGUUACUUAAAUUUGGUAGCUGUAUCGAGCGAGAAAUUUAUAGAAGUCAAUACAUCUUUGUCAUAACUUCUACCUUCAAGAAAUACGCCAACACUUGACUGAAAUAUAAACCAGUUAAGCUCAUGUCUGACAAUAUUUAUACAGAUAAUAAAAGUCUAGAAAGUGUUAUCGCGUAGGUUUUUACUGGAAAAAGUAAAAAUACUAAGUGUCAGUCCUGGAAUACACGAUCAAUAAAUUAUUUUGCAGAAUAGUUGCCUGAAAGUGUAUGUAACGUAUGAAGGAGAAAACUACUCAGCAAGGUAAGUUUAGUAAAGUGAUCUACUUUCACACAUCAUAUCACACUAAUAUUAUAAAGGCGAAAGUUUGUGAGUGUGUGUGUGUUUGUUACUUCUUCACGUCUAAACGGCUGGAGUGAUUUUCAUAUUUGGCACGGAGUUAGCUGACACCCUAGAUUAGCACAUGGGCUACGUUUUACCGCGGGUAACACCGCGGGGCACAGCUAGUAGAUCAUGAUUGCCUAGACGGUUAGGAAUCUAUUUCUAUAAAAGCUAAGUUAUAUAAUACAUAAAUUGUGUUUUUUUCUUGUCAAAAGCAUGUCUAACAAUGAAAAUUACAAAAGCAAUAUCGCUGAUACUCUGAAAGCACUUUCAGUAUUUCUAGCAUUUUCUUCAGUCUCUUGAGACGUCAUACCGACAAGUAAUUUCCAAUGAACUUUGUUGGGAGCAAUAACAAUACAUAAUAUCGUAGACGCAGAACGCAAUGAGUGUUUACAUUAUUUGAUUUAUUUUCUUGGUAUUGCAAAUAAAAUUGUACGUUAUUGCUUUAGAAUGAAAAUCGUUCGCAAUAAAAUUCACUCUUAAGAUUUCAUCAUGUAUUGCGUGGUAUUGAAAUACUGAUUUUAUUUAUAUACCUUGUAGAAUAUUACAUACGCCUGCUUAUAAAAAAUUCCAGUUAAACCCCCCAAUAACAUAUCCCUAGUUAAGACACCUUACAUUAUAUAGAUUACAUUAUAGAUUCAUAAGUACAAAUAUAAAUACAUAACUUUAUUAACUGAAUUAAUUGGUUUAAUAUCGCUAUCAAUUAUUGCUCUCUUCGAGAUUCAAACCCGCAACAUAUUUGUGAUCUUUGUAUUCUAUUAAUUAUCACUAUUACGGAAUUUGGCAACAAAACACUUUUAUAAAGGUACAGAUAUUACCCUCCCUAAGAUUGUAUGUAAUCUAGUAACUCGAUGCGUCCUUGGUUCUAUCUCAAGCUUUUUUAAUUACUUAGUUGCAUUUAAUUGUAGCUUUUUAUGAAUUUGAAUUAGACUAAACAUAAGUUGUGUUAAGUGUCUCUACUAAUGUAUUUGACAGUUUCAAAAAUUUUAAAGUACAUUGUUCAGAAUCUGAACUGCCAACGGAUCUCCCAUAUAGUUUGUAGUCAUGCUAUGAUGUCACUUUUUCGCCAACUAAGUAGGUACGCUAUGAUUGUUUUAAUUUGUAGGUAUUUAAGUACUUUUUCCACCCCAACACCGGAAACAUUAAAUGUGUGUUUUAUUACAUAAUUAUUGGAUUGUAUUAACAAAAACUACGCAAUAAAACUAGUAAUGAUAAUUAUUUGAGGUAGUAAAUUGUAUAGAUUUGCACAAAACAGCGGGAUGCCCUAUUUUAUGUAAAUUAGACAGAAAAUUAUAAUAAUUAUAGUUAACACAUUGAUGCCAUGUCUAUCGGUCAUGGGGUGGGAUUUUCAUAAGAAACAUUUUCUGGUAGCCAUGAAAAAAGCUUAGCAUGGUAGGGGACAGUACAUUAAGCAAUAACAAGAAUAUUUUCCUGUUCAUUAAUUACUUUUCCUGUGGACAAUACUUAUCGCAACUAUACAUAUAUUUCGUGUACCUGUUCUGCCAUGUUAAUCCAUGAAGUUUUUAACAGAAGAGACACUUUUCGAUGUUUAGAGCAAAAUUCCUGUUGCUGCAGCCACGUACAGUGCAGUAACAGGAUAAAUUCCUCAAAUUCCCAUGUGCUCACCCGAGCGUAGUUUCAGAAAUUCACCCUAAACUGCUAACAGCGUAACAGCUAACUCUUUGCCUCGUGUAACCAGCUCAUGCCCUGAUUCAGUUAACGCGACACCAAACUUCAAAUAUCGCCCCUAGCAGUUUUAAAAAUCUACACGUGCAAAUUGUAAAUCACUUGCAUAUUUAAUUUUCACAGUAGAAUUUUACCUUAAGUUGUAACUUCGGGGGACGUAUCCUUGAAUCGCAUUUAAACAAAUUCGCACAUAAAUUCCUAGAAACGCCUAUUUUUGAAAAAUCGUUCCAUGCAACCUGUGGUGAAACGUAGCGUAUUUUGAAUUUGGAAGAAAUCAUGAUAUUGACAAAUGAAGGAUAUAUCAGAAAAGCAUCUGACAUCAAUAACUCUAAGCACAAUCCAGUUCAUGGAAUAUUUUAACCAAAAACCCGGUAAAAGCGACUUAUUCUAUUGACUUCCUGAUUUCAAUCAUAAAAUUCCCCAUAAGACUUGUUUGCAAGCUCGUAGUCAAGAUGAAAUUCGAACGGUUCAAAAAUACUUUUUCUGAUCGGAAUUAGGUACAGCCAAAAAGUUCGCAACACGUCUUUGUUACAAUUGGAAUAAGUUUGUUAAUAAUACCAAUUUGAUAACAUAAACUGUGCACACUGAUAUUGGUAACAAUUUAGGCAGAACAUACAACAAACAAUAGAAUAACAUGGAACUAUUCAAUUUGAGCACCUUCACCGUUUAACAAAUAAAGCAUGAGUGGGAUUUAUACUCGUACAAUAUUAAGAUUAUAAUACUAAAGACAAAACUAACAUUUUCCAGUCGAACUUUUAGCUACCAUCAUCAACAUAACAUAUUAAACUCUUACACAAUUUUAAUAUCAAUAAAGUUAAUAUAUAACCUAACGUAUUUAAACAUUUUGCGUUGUUAACACAUAAGCUUUCUUAUACAGUGUGUUAGUCGACUGUGUUUAUCUGUAUUUUGGUACUUUUGUGCAUUUAAAUAUUUUGUUAAAACCGAAAUUACAGUAGGUAGGCACUGUUAGUUUGUUACACACUGUAUGAGAUAUAACAAACACAAAUAAUUUAAAACAAUCACAAUACCCAAUUCCACUACACUAAAGAAAACUACCUCAGCUAUGCUGAAAACAUUUAUUAUAACCCGAGUCGAACUCGAUUCGAAAACUACUUAUCAUUAACAUAAUCACUCAAUAUUAUUCCUAGUUUCUGCCAGAUCACCAGUAAGUACAAUACAACUUACUAAUCUAAACAUUUAUAUGAAAAAUCCAUUAAACAGCGCUAUAUUUGAUGAACAAGUAUAAAGUUACAACGUGAGGUUAUAGAAAUAAUAAUAAAUUACUAAUAAUACAAAUCAUGUUAUGAAAUAAGUGUAAAACAAUGAUUCUUGUUCUCUGGCAAAAACUUGUAUAAGAUAACAUUAUGUUUGCAAUUUUAUAACUAUCUUAGCCAAUGUUAUUGCUGUAUGAAUACACGCAAAGCAUCCAUUGUAGAUGCGGAUAUAGUACGUUUAAGAUAUAACUAAAUAUACAAAAAACAAUUAAAUACUACGACAAUAUCGUGCUACUGCUUUCCGUUUGAAACAAUCUCAACUUUGUGUAAUUUAAUUUUUUCAAAUCAUUUUCUUAAGAAUCAGUCAAUACAAACCCAAAUCCUGCAGGAUUAUUCAUCACAUGUUGAUCUACAUUCAAGAUCGGGUUCGUAUCAAACUAAAAUUCAAUUUUGUGCUUAUUCGAGUGUUUUUGGAAAGGCUAUUUGACUACAUCGAUGAUUUCAUUUAUUUAAAAGCUGAUGACGUCAGUGAAGUUCUAACAGUGCGUAAGUGAUUUUUUGACUGUUUUAACAAUUUGAUGCCAUUAGAUGAAGAAAGACCGCGUGCUUUUUUCCGACCAAUCUCCUGUAAAAUGCACAUUUUUGACUUACGCCCUGUUAGAACUUUACUGACGAAAUGCAAGUUAGUCUGUCAUCGACUGUACCACGCUAUAUUGUUUAUAAAGCGGUUUUAGACAAAGACAAGAAGUUCUCGAUGAUGAAAUUUAAUGAUCUAGGACGGGGGGUUUGAGAAACUAGUCAAAUAGCCUAUUCAGACCUUUUCAGUAUUAUUUAAAUCUAUCUUAACCAAACAGAUCAAAGUAAAUUGAAACAAUAAAUAACGUACAUCUAUGAUUAUGACAAUAUUGUGAUGCUACUGUGAUAGUAUAAGACAUAAUAUGAUAUGUAUUUCAACCCUACAAUAUUAAAUUAAUGUUAAAAAAACUGAGCUUGGAAAAAUACUAGCUAAUUUAAAGAAUGUGAUGAUGGGUAUUUCGUGUGACGUUAUUAUAUUUAUUAAUACUAACUACAC